AUGAUAGACAUAGCUAAAUCGAAACUUCAAGACAAAGCCGUCCAAAAAAAAUUGAUCGAGCUGGCGAAAACGUACCGACAAACCGAAAGGAACACCUUCCCAGAUUACUCUUCCCCCUCAACGUCGGACAGGAAUAGUCUGUAUUGUCAGAAGAAACCCAAGAAUCCUGAACUCGUCGGAUUGUCGCAAAAACAAAGCUCGGCCGCUGAUCCUAAGUUGUUCUUUGACCCUAAGUCUAACGGUAAGAGUAUCCAAAAAGGCUCAGAUCAUGACGUGCCGGAGGGUGGAGGCGAUGAAGCGGCGGGGAAUGCGUCUGACAACUCGGCUAAUGCGAGCAGUCCCGGGCCCAACGCGUUCUCCUUGAGCACGACUCGCAGUCCGACUGAAAUCCAACACAACCGAGAGCUCGGCAUAGUCGAAAGUAGUCGGCCUCACAAGCUCGCUAACAGCACCCAGUCCUCACAAGCUCCCACUAGCGUCCGACUGCAAGCUCCUUCUACUGAUCCAGUGAAGAACUCGGCCACAAAAGAAAAGUCCCAGCCUCCACAAGGCAAGCGAAAAUCAUCCGGCAAAUGUCGUCCAAAACGCUUGAGGAGGGUUUAG